GAAUGACUGACUUAUUUCGAUGAAAUCUUGUUUCGGAAGAGAUGAAUUACAUAGCUAAAUCUGUAGCCUCAAACAAAUUAUCCUCCGUGGGAAAGAACUUAGGAUGGGAUGAUAAAGAUGAUCAAGAGGGAGAAGAAGGAAUAUCAGAGAAGGAACUUCGCAAGAUCCAGGAGAAGAACGCAGCGGCGAGAGCUAAACGACAAGACCAACAUGCCAAACGGAACGCUGAGAGAGAGAAGAAACGCGAUGAAAUACGCGCUAAAUAUGGACUGAAAGAGGGCCAAGCAAAGAGCAAUAGCAGCGGCAGUUCCAGCAGCAGCAGAAAAACAAGCCUUGAUGAUAUUGACACAGAAACAACGAAGGAAUAAUAAU